AUGACGAGAGCCAAGCAGCUUCCAAAGGCGUCCCGCGCGCUGUUUCUGAAGAACUUUCCGGCGUCCCGGUUUGCAAGACAGACCCAGAACCUCAACCUCAUUGCCAACUACAAAGAUUCCGCUUACAAACUCCCCGAGGUGUCGAAACUGCACCUGGUGUUCAAAAACCACAACUCUGACGGACACAUGGGCGCACGGAAGUUCUGGAAAUGGAACCUGCGUACCAUCAGUUUCCACAACCCGGAGCUUAACAUUGAGGUGACCCGUGUUGAAUGUCCCACAAAGGAGGAGCAGCAGAAAUGUCCAAGCGUGCUCAAGGUUGUGUAUGCGGACGGACGCGAGAGCAAGAUCGAGUGCAAGGACAAGCACUCCGACGACAUAAUGAAAGAGCUGGUGGAGUUGACGAAGGCCGAGAAGUGUGAGGAAAGCGAGAUUCCUGUGGUUUAA